CCCCUCCACGCCCCAGCGUCUCUCGGUAUAAAUAUCCCGCGGCGUGAUGCGGGAUAGAGACAGAGAGAUCGGGCUGCCCUGGGGCAAGCGGAAGAAGGAAGCACCCAAGCCGAGCCCAGCCAUCAGCCCUGCUGUAUCACUCCGGCAACAGCAGCAACAGCCGCAGCAACCGCAGCAGCCGCAGAAUCCGCAGCCACCGUCCCCGCUCACGAUGUCUCCGCGCCACGCGUCGCUCCUCCUCGCCUGCCUCGUCCUCUCGGCUCGGCUCAGCGGCUCCAGAGCCGCGCCUCCCAGGCUCAUCCUGGAGCAGGGAGGCCCGCCGGGUGUGGCGGGCAGGCUGCUGGGCGCGCUGGUGAGCGGCUACCUUCGUCCCGCCGGCGACGGCAGAGGGCAGCAGCAGCAGCGAGAUGACGAGGAGGAGGGGGCGCAGUGGGAGUCGGAGCCCCUGGGAUGGGAUGGCAGCCCCGAGCGGGACCUCGCGGUGUCCAAGCGCUGCGCGGGCCUCAGCACGUGCAUCCUGGCGGACCUCACGGACAAACUCCAUCGGCUCAGCGGCACGCGCACCAACGUGGGCGUCGGGACGCCUGGCCGAAAGCGACGCGCGGCCCCCUCCUCCUCCUCCUCCUCCCCCGCAGGGAUCUCUCGGGGAGGCUCUCAAGGCCCGGGGGAGAUCUCCUCCCCCUCCUUCUCGUCCUCCUCCAGCCUCAAGCCAGGGUCGCUCCCACCGCGUGCGGUCUGAACCUGGGGCGGCGGCGGUUGCUGCUGAAGUCGUUUGCGUUCCAUGCCUCCUUCUUCCCGUCUCUCUCUCUCUCUCUCUGUUGUUAAAUACCUGCGACUGUAUUCUAUCUGCGCCCCCACCCACCCAUCCACCAACACAACCCUAGCCGCCCCCCACCCCGCCACCCGCCACGAGUUCGUGUCCCCGAUGGGAGUGUGCGCGUGUGAGAGAUGCAGCAGGCGCGUGGGGUCUUCAUCAUCCACGCGCGUGUCCGGGCGCGUGGAUGAGAGCACGGAGACACGAGUGCUCACCGAGCCGUGACGAGCGCGUGUUUGUGUGUGUCUGUGUGUGUCUGUGUUUGUGUGUGUCUGUGUGUGUCU